GGGAGGCGGCGGAGAGACGGCGGUCGUGGUCCCCGGCUCCCUCGCCUCGGACCCUUCCCAUCCACGCCUCUCCCCUGCCGGCCCUUCGCCCCCACCUUCCGCACCGGUGUCUUUUUCUUCGCGGGAGGGGUUCACAGACUCUCCACCCUCCCACCACUUCCUCCCCUCCCCGCUCACCCACCGCGGACGGAGGGGCGCCUGCCCUGCGAGGUCAGGACGGACGGAGCUGGACUUGCCUUCGGGGACCCUGCAGUGGCUUCGGUCAGGCGUCUUGCUUGGGCUUCUAAGCAGAAGGAAACUCGACGGCCGGGUCAGUGAGUAUUCUUGUGCUAGUUCCUGAAAAUGGGCCCAAUAGGUGCAGAGGCUGAUGAGAACCAGACAGUGGAAGAAAUGAAAAUGGAGCAGUAUGGUCCAGGGCAGACCACUCCUAGAGGUGAGCUGGCCCCUGACCCUAAGCCAGAGCUUAGAGACAGCACCAAGCUGAUGGAGGUGCAGAUUGUCCUCAUCUUGGCUUAUUGCUUCAUCAUCUUGCUUGGGGUGAUUGGCAACUCCUUGGUGAUCCAUGUGGUAAUCAAAUUCAAGAGCAUGCACACAGUAACCAACUUUUUCAUCGCCAAUCUGGCUGUGGCAGACCUUCUGGUGAACACCCUGUGCUUGCCAUUCACUCUUACCUACACCUUAAUGGGGGAGUGGAAAAUGGGUCCUGUUCUCUGCCACUUGGUACCCUAUGCCCAGGGUCUGGCAGUACAAGUGUCCACGAUCACCUUGACAGUAAUUGCCCUGAACCGGCAUCGUUGCAUCGUCUAUCACCUGGAGAGCAAGAUCUCCAAGCGAAUCAGCUUCCUGAUCAUUGGCUUGGCCUGGGGCAUCAGUGCCCUGCUAGCAAGCCCCCUGGCCAUCUUCCGUGAGUACUCACUGAUUGAGAUUAUCCCUGACUUCUCGAUUGUGGCCUGUACGGAGAAGUGGCCGGGUGAGAAGAGCGUGUAUGGCACUGUCUACAGUGUUUCCUCCUUACUGAUCCUGUAUGUUUUGCCUCUGAGCAUCAUAUCUUUUUCCUACACCCGUAUCUGGAGUAAACUUAAGAACCAUGUCAGUCCUGGAGCUGCUAAUGAUCACUACCAUCAGCGAAGGCAAAAGACCACCAAAAUGCUGGUGUGCGUGGUAGUGGUGUUCGCGGUCAGCUGGUUGCCUCUCCAUGCCUUCCAACUCGCUGUGGACAUUGACAACCAAGUCCUGAACUUGAGGGAGUACAAGCUCAUCUUCACCGUUCUCCACAUCAUUGCCAUGUGCUCCACCUUUGCCAACCCCCUUUUCUACGGCUGGAUGAACAGCAACUACAGAAAGGCGUUCCUCUCUGCCUUCCGCUGUGAGCCCAGGUUGGACACCAUUCACUCAGAAGUGUUCGUGUCAUUCAAGGCUAAAAAGAACCUGGAAGUAAAAAGGAAAUAUGGCCCCAAUGGCUCUUUCACAGAGGCAACCAAUGUCUGAAGAAGCUGUGGUGUGAAAAUGUGUGGAUGAAUUCUGCCCAGAGCUAUAAAUCUGGAAGGAAGCAAAAGAGCAUCUGAAUGGAUGCUCUUCGGUGUCAUUCACGGAAAACACAUCGGCAGAGCCGAGGUGAAAACACACCUAUUGGAAGAUAGGACAACAAAGCAUUUCACGUACAGCUGUAUGGCUGGAAGGUGGAAUUACGGAAAUGCUCGUGACAGUUUCCCAGAGUGAAGGAAACCUGAACAAGGAACUGGCGUUAUCAGCAUCGCUAAAAGGUGGUGGCUAAAUAAAUUGACUUUCAAAUCACACUGGGGAGUAGGUUGGGGAUGAUGUAUAAUUAACUGCUCUCCCCUCCUCUGAUGAAAAGAUGACCAAACACCAAUUUCCCUAGGGAGCCACAGGCUCUCUCUCUCUCUCUCUUUUAUUGUAUUUUGUGUGUGUGUCUGUUUUAAUGAAUCUUCCUAUAGAUUAAAUCCACUAGGAAAUGCUGCAGGUAACUGUUACCACCGAAUUGUAGGACUUCAAGGAAGUAAACGGAAAUUUGCCAUAUAAUUAGUGUUUUGGAAAAUGACGGGGGAAGUUCUUAAUGCUCAGCUAGCUGAUUAUUCUUAAAACCGAAUGCACGUUUAGUGAAAAGUUGCUUCAACUCAGAAUCAAAGGUUGAAGUUCUCAGAACUAUGGAAAUGUAAACCAUCAUUUGACUUCUCAUUUAAGUUGUCCCUGCUUUCUAUAUAUAGAUACCAUUUAGAUAACCAAUA